UAUAGGUUACUCUUCAACUUACACAAGUGUUUCAUAGAUACUGAACAAUACUACUGUGUUCUAUAGGAUUUAUCUCCUGUUAUCAUUGUCAGGUUCUAAUGAUGAUAUAUAAAUCAUUGAUUAAUAUCCAAAAAUUAAGUUAAAAGGGUUAGCUAUUUUGAUUUUUGAACCUUUCUUGUUACAUAUAGAUUAUAUCUUUGUUUAGCCUUAGAUUCAAUAUGCUUUCUACCAAUCCUUAUCUAGAAAAUUUCCCUGGUCAUCUGCAACCAACAAUGAAUGGUUUUCAUUCAUCAUCUUCAUCUUCUUCCGGAACCAUCUCAAGUGGAGAUUCCACUGAGUCUAUUAAAUAUUCCAACAACAUCCUCAGAUACAUAAGUGACAUCCUCAUGGAUGAGGAAGAUGACUUGGAGAACAAACCCUGUAUGUUGCAACAGUGUUUGAGGCUCCAAGCUGCUGAAAAAUCAUUCUCUGAGGUGCUUGGAAAUUCAUCAAAUUCUCCACCAUCUCAAGGCUGUGAUGAAAGCAACCAAGAUGGUGAUUACUGUCGCAGCACAAGCUUCGAAAGCUAUAGCAGCUUUAACACUGAUAAUAGCUCUUAUGAGUUUGAUUGGGUCAAUCUUGUUGGCGAGUAUGAAUCGUCUUUGCUACAAGCCUCUCUUCUUGGUGGAUCUUAUGGAACUCACUACCAGAACAUGGUUCCAUUGAUCAACAAUGAAGAGGGAUCUAGUCCUGGAACAAGGGAAAAGAGAAGCUAUCAGGUUGAUGAUGACGCUUCAUAUGAACAAGGCCGAAGAGGAAACAAGAUCUCAGCUACUGUUUUCUCCAACGAGUCAGAGCCACCAGAGAUUCUUGAUGAAGUGCUGCGUAUCCGGUUUGGAAGAAGUAAAAAGUAUUGUUGUGUUGAGCCCUUAUCGAAAAAUGACAUGCUGAAGAUGCAGAAUGUUGGAUCCAAUUCGAAGACAGCACGUUCAAAGAACAGAAACAGCAACACAGAUGCAACUGUGGAUUUAUGGACUUUGCUAACUCAAUGUGCACAAGCAGUGGCAGACUAUGAUAAGAGGAAUGCAUAUGAUACACUCAAGAAGAUUAGGCAGCAUUCUUCACCGUCCGGCGAUGGACUCCAGCGUAUGGCGCAUUACUUCGCCAUUGGCCUCGAGACACGGUUGAAUGCCGGAACACCGUCAUAUCCUCCCCUUGAUAUGGCAUCUGCUGCAGAUAUGUUGAAAGCUUACAAACUCUACGUUACAGCUUCGCCUUUGCAGUGGAUGACAAAUAAAUUGGCAACCCAAACAAUCAAGAACCUGGUUCAGAAUGAAAGCCGCGUUCACAUUAUUGACUUUGGAAUUUGCUAUGGUUUCCAGUGGCCCUGCCUUAUCAGGUAUCUGUCAGAGAGAAACGGGCCUAUAAAGCUUCGUAUAACCGGAAUUGAUCUUCCUCAGCCGGGUUUCCGGCCGACGGAAAGGGUCGAGGAGACCGGAAGACGGUUGGAGACUUUGUGUAAGAGGUACAAGGUGCCUUUCGAAUACAACUGCAUUGCACAGAAAUGGGAAACAAUCAGGCUUGAGGAUCUUAAAAUAGACAGGAAUGAAGUGACAGUGGUUAACUGCUUUUACAGGCUGAAAAACCUGCCGGAUGAAACUGUGUUAGUAAACAGUCCAAGAGAUGCAGUGUUGAAGCUGAUCAGGAGCAUUAAUCCAAACAUCUUCCUGCAUGGGGUAGUCAAUGGCUCUUAUAGUGCACCGUUUUUCCCGACUCGGUUCAGGGAGGCUCUCUUCCACUUCUCAUCGCAGUUUAAUAUGUUUGAAGCUAAUUGCCCCCGCGAAGAUGCAGAAAGGAUGAUACUUGAAAAAGGGACGAUUGGAAGGGAUGCUAUCAAUGUGAUAGCUUGUGAGGGAGCAGAGAGAGUUGAAAGGCCAGAGAGCUACAAGCAAUGGCAGAUUAGGAACAAGAGAGCAGGCUUCAAGCAAAUUCGGGUGGAUCAGGAAUUGGUGAAUGAAAUCAAGGGAAUGGUGAAGAAUGAGUAUCAUAGAGAUUUUGUGGUUGACCAGGAUGGCAACUGGGUUUUGCAUGGCUGGAAAGGUCGUAUUUUUCAUGCUCUCUCUGUUUGGGUUCCUGCAUAAGCAGAAAGCAGUUAGUAACAUAGUUUGGUAAUGAGAUUCUAUACUUUGUUUUUAUUUUCUUUUCUUCCUCUAUGACGGUUGUAUAAUAUAAGAUAAAUAUUGAUGUUUACAUCCCUUCUUGUAUUAACCUAGCAAUCAAUCAAUCAUAUUCCCUUUAUUUGUUUUAGACUUGGCUCAA